AGGGUCCCUAUUUUCACAGCCAGUGGACAUUUUCAGCGGACUCAGUUAAAUUUAGUCAAAAGCACUUUCAGUCCUUGCACGUGGCUAAAAACGAACAAGUUCAAACUUGCAUGGCACUCGGUAGCACAAAGACAGUGAGACUGCACCUGCUUCGUGAUGAAUAAUCUUAACACGCUCUCAGAUGAUAUAUAAGGCUUCCCGCUGUAUUUUCUCAUACUGGGUUGAUGUGUUAUCUCUGCUGCACACAGUAUAUUAGUCACUCACCCAUCAACUUCCGUAGUUUCCUCCGAAACGCAGCGACCGAAACUUAAGAGUGAUCCAUGCAAAAUGGCCCCUGGUCGAAAUCGACAAGACUCAGAUGAUGAAGAUGGAAAUCAGGAGGAAAGACCACCCUUUCACAGGGCAAAUAGUGUUGAUGAAGUAUCGGGACAGGCACCUGCUAUUGUCACAACAUUUUUAACAGAGUGUUUUCGUGCUGAUGGCUUGGCAGUUCCACAAGAACUCAGCGAAAGUCAAAGAAAAGUUAACAAAGAUGUCGCCCAUGUUAUACGUGACAUUGGGGAUCGUUUAUCCAAUGAUGCGUCAUUGAAUGGUCUAAUAAAACAAGUGGUUGUUACUAAAGACACUGCCUUUGAAACUUUUCUCCAAGUUGGAGUGCAAAUAUUUAACGAUGGUGUUGUCAACUGGGGCAGAAUAGUGACUCUUUUCUACUUUGGCUACAAGCUAGCAGUACGAGUGAUAAAUGAGAUACCCCUCAUUAAAAUGAUCAUUCAAUGGGUUUGCCAGUUUAUCAAGGACCGACUUGCAAAGUGGAUAUUUGAGCAAGGAGGCUGGGAAGCUGUUGUGGACUACUUCAAGAGUUUACGACAAAGGCACGACCUGGAGGUCUUCUUUGUGUUUGGAUGUAUUUGCGCACUUGGCUUUUAUUUGUUAUGGCGCAGACAAUGAUUGUUGUCCAACAACAAAGCAAAAGUUAUUGUUGUACACUUUUGUAAUAUAGAGGUGGAAUAUUUGCCAGUCUUUUAAAAUAAUGGUGCAGGCUUUUCAAAUCAUCCCCAGGUUGACAGAACAUGACUGUCUGAAUGUAGCAUAUUAUUGUAUAAAUGCACAUUAAGAUUGUUUCGAUGAAAAUGAACUCAGCGCCGUGGAAAGUGGGUAUGUAAGAUUUGUAACGGGGACUUCCUAACCUUACUUGUGAGUUUUAUUUGUAUUCCUGUUUUCUUCAAUAUUAAAGUGACAUAGAUUAGAGAUUUAGAAUGUCUGGGCCCAUGUUAUUAAGUGUUAUUAACCCUGUCAUACCCAGUCAAUUCUUAAGUCGGUUUAUCCACUGGAUAAACCCUGGUGUGUGACCAGUUCACAGACUAUAGAUUUAUUUAGUGAUACUGGAAAUACAGAAUGAAGUUUAUCCUUUUCAGUUUUUUUCUUUGUUUUCAAAAUUUUGACUUGGGCACAACUCUUUGUGUCAGCUAGGGGUUUGUACAGUAGUUGAAAGACUGCAAUUAAUGGCAUGGCAGGGAUAAUAACUAGUAUGUCCAGUUACAUGUAGUGCUCUGCGUAUUUUAACGACAUCCAAAUCAAUGACCAAGAUGACAAUUGUUAUUCUCUUUUUGAGGUAUUGAAAUCAGUCAUCAUUUUACAAAACUACCUUAUAACCACUCAAUAAUCAUUGAGACCGUGUCGUUGUUUUGGUCACUUUCCGGAAAAAACUCAGUCAUCUUCUUUAUUUAAGAACACCUUUGAGGCAACGAUAUUGUUAAUAUGACCAUAUUUUUGUGGUCCAUUGGUGAUGUUGUUAGUGGGGUUAGUUUGGCAAGAUUCUAUGUUUCUCUGCAAAAAGCCAAGGGUGGAUUUCAUGAGAAUAAAUGUAACUGAUCUCAAACAAAGCCUGACGGAGAUUGUGUUAAUCUAUGAAAGUUCAGUUUCUCCCAACCUGUACAAUAAGAAGCAUAAGAUAGGGAGAAUUCCAGUAUCUGCGUGAAGGCUUAAAGGGCUUUUUUCCUCAACAGUCAUGUAAUGACCUCAAUGUUGGACAAAUUUCCAUCAAUGAAAUGCUAAUUCUUUGCUUAAGUUGUUGUCUUUUCAAUUUCGUGGCUUAAGAGACCAGAGCAAAGUAGUUUUGCCCUUGGAAAGAGGCUUUUGGGCUAUUUUGUUAAUUCUUACUAUUAGUAUGAUUUUCUUUACCCUUAAUAGACAGGUUGCAAUAUGUCAAUUGAUGCAGGAAUGUUGACCUUAAUGUAAGUUUAUUUUGUGCUCAUUCAAAACUCAAAAUUCCUGAUUUUGUGUGGAUAUUCUUGUCAAUUUGUAUGUUCUUUAAUUGAGUUUUACCAUCAGUUUGAUUGUUAAUAAUGUUAGUUUGACUCUAGAUUCAUUACCAACAAAAAGAGAGCUCUGCUUCCUCAAUUUGGAAAAUUUCACCGUUUUUAAGCAUACAAAGCUUUGUCUUUUGCGUAUAAACAAUACAGUAUUAGUAUCUUUUGCGUAUAAACAAUACAAGUUCUUUACUGUUGAUUUACGCUGGUUUCCUUCAUGAUACUUCUUAAUGCUUUGUACAAGAGAUUAUUUCAGUAGUAUGAAUGGGGUUGAAGUAGAAAAUUAAUGCAUUGUUCCAAAGAAAAUAACUUUUCUCUAACAGAAAGAAAUAAAAGUUAUGGCCCAUCUCCAUACAAGAUACUUUUAACACAAAUUAAUUUAAUGAUACAAGAUUGAACUCACACUUUUAACAAAAAUUAAUUUAAUAAGAUUUAAAAUUAUUGCCUAAUACCGUAAGCCUGCAAUGCAUCCAGAUAGCUACAGCUGUGUAUCCAAUUGAACACCAUGUGUCUAUGAUGUAUGCAUACAAUUUUCUGUACAAAGAAAGUAUUUUCUCUGAUAUCUGAUUUCCUUGUGUUUAGCUUUUUGCCUCAUUUAAGCCAUAUUUUUGGAAGUUUCUCAUGCGCAUGUCUAUUAAGAUUCAAAUUUUUAUUAGUAAGAGCUAAGUGGUGAUUGAAAUAAAAAUGUGAUUCGA